CGGUGCGUGGAGCUUGAGGUUUGGAGCACCUGCACAGUUUGAGAGACGUGGAAGUUGGUUACUGACUGACUGCUUGCUGGAAACUGGUCGUCAAAAUGUCGAGCGGUGAAAGUGCACGAAAAUAUGACUUUGUAAUCUUCGGUGCCACUGGGUUUACUGGUCAGUUUGUGGUAGACGAGGUCGCACGACUAGCUGAGGAAGAAGGGGUGACAUGGGCGGUAGCCGGCAGGAAGAUGGACAGACUACAGAAAGUCCUGGAACAGUCGGGGCAGAGAACAGGAAAGACUUUGGAGGACACUCCAGUCAUUAUAGCCGACUCGAGCGCCGAGCAGUCAAUCUUGGACAUGUGUAAACAGGCUAGAGUCAUACUGAACUGUGUGGGACCGUACCGUUUCCAUGGCAACCAGUUGGUGAGAGCUUGUAUCGAAGAGGGAGCAAGCCACAUUGACAUAAGCGGAGAGCCACAGUACCUGGAGAACAUGCAGCUCUUGUACAACGCCAAGGCCAAGGAAGCUGGCGUCUACAUCGUCGGCAGCUGUGGUUUCGACAGCAUCCCUGCAGACCUUGGCGUUGUCUUCAUGAAAUCUAAGUUUCAGGGUGAUUUGAAUUCUGUGGAGUGUUACGUCAAUUUGACCUCAGGACCAGAGGGAGCUGCGAUCAACUACACUACUUUUGAAUCUGCCGUCCAUGGCUUCGCAAACCAGGGGGAGCUGCCUGCCAUCAGAAAGCAGCUGUUUCCCAACCCUCUGCCUCGCAGUAAACACAAGGCCCCAAGAAGGUCAGCUGUGUUCAAGAGUGGCUUAAUGGAUAAGUGGUGCUUCCCGUUCCUUGGAAGUGAUAAGUCAGUUGUGAGCAGAACACAAAGAUACAGAUAUGAUGUGAAAAAGUCGCGCCCUACUCAGUUCUCCCCGUAUCUAUGCGUUGACAGCUUCCUGUACAUGAUCCUCAUGGUUGUGUUCGGCUCGCUGUUCGGACUCCUCGCCAAGUUUAGCAUUACUCGUAACAUCCUCCUACAGUAUCCUGGCUUGUUUACAGCUGGGCUGGUGAAGAGAGGCGGGCCCAGCAAGAAACAGAUUGAAGGUACCGCUUUCUCCAUGACAUUCUUUGGAGAGGGUUACAGUGACAAGCUGGACGACCCAGAGGCACAGCAUGAGAACCCCCCUGACAAGAAAAUAAAGACCAAAGUCAUGGGACCAGAGCCUGGCUAUGUGACCACCCCAAUCUGUAUGGUACAAGCAGGACUUCUGAUCCUCAAGGAAAAGUCCAAACUUCCUUCAGAUGGCGGUGUCUACACACCUGGUGCUGCUUUUGGCGAGACGAGUCUGAUCGAGAGACUGGACAAAAGAAAUGUGAAGUUCCAAGUGUUGGAGUCCUAAUAUGACAGUCAAGAGGCCUCCACGGAUGAUCAGGUCUUCUAGGGUACAUGUUGGAAGAUGAAACAUCAACACUCUACCCAAUAUCAGCAGUAAUAUGUUGGGGUUUUUGUUGUUUAGUUGUUGUUGUUUUGUUUUUGAGGGGGUGGGGGGUCUUUCUUAGUAUGCAAGAGCAAGGACACAAGUGAGUACGUGGCUGAUCUGUAUGUCAGGUUGGAUGUUCAGUUGACAGACAACACUGACUGACAAGAAAGAGUUGCUGUCAACUCUGAAUGUUACAAACUCCAGGGAUGUUUUUGAUAAGUUUGUUAGUGUGGAACUUCACAAAAAAACAACAUUAAUUACCCUGCUCUUGGAUUAGAUAAAAUUAAACUUUAUUAAUAUAUCCCACUUCAUAUUACAGACUGUUUUCGCAAACAAAAUCAUAAUUAAUCUAACAUUUAAAUUUGUAAACAUAUAUUAAAUUUAUAUUAUUCUUAGCAAACUCUACUGCAUUUAUUUCUCUUAACCAGCAUUAUGUGAGAAGGCCUGACCCAGGGGGAUCUAUGACUGAAGCAUUUAGUGAAAUGUCUUUCAUCUUGAGGCCUGUGAGAGCGGGUGUUAUCAGUGCUGCCGUUAGUCCUCCUGGACCGUCCUGUUAGUUGUUGUUCAGCUUCUGUAGUUGCUUACCAUAUACCUACAGCUAUACGUAGGUCGCUUCAUGAAAUAUGAGCUUGAUGAAUAAGAUUAAGAGUUGAGUAUUGUUUGAAAAAAGGCACAGAUUUUGAUUAAAUAUUCAUUGCAAUACAGUAUACCACAAUGCCAUAGUAUGAUUUUUAGUUAAUACGUACAAUCCAUGUUAGUACAGAUGUCAUGGUGUGAUUUAAUAACGAUUUGUAAAAUUCUAUUUUCUGAUGAUUCUCAACUCAUUCCUUAACGUGACAAAGUUUCCAUGUAUGAUAUCCUAUUGAUAUAACACUCCCUCUGCUUCACCCGUAGAACAACACGACAAGUAGCCCAGUCUACCUUUUGUUACAUGCGUCCUGUAGGCAAGAGAUUCUUGCUAAGCAGUGUAGUUAUAUAUAGGAAGCCAAACAAGUUAGGGGUCAUGAAUAGUUCUUUGGAUAUUUCAUAUGAAAUUGUGUGCACUAACUUUUUGGGUUCAGUAUAUGAACACUUUCCAGGCUGCUUUUCAUUCCAAUGUUUUCAUCUGUUAUGCCAAAACAGUAACUAAAUGUAUUGAUAAGAUGGGACAGAAUCCUAUAACAGUUGCAUCCGGGUAUAUUACAGUCCUGUAGCAGUACAUCUUGGGAGGUGAUUUAGUAUAAUUGUUUAUUUCUUUUCACUAUCUCUACUUUGUCUAGUCAUUGACAAAUCUUUGUGCUGAUAAUGUAUGUAUGUAUGUAUGUAUGUAUGUACUUAGGUUGGUACAAACAUGGUGUUAUCUUGAUUAUACAUUUUGUAUGUUGACCAUAUCAGUUAUCAAUCUUGUACCAGUUCUUUGGUUUACUUGAAUGGAGUGUGUGACUAUAAUUACCUGGUAACACUACGCGGGAAAUGGUAGGAUCCGAUAUAGGCGAAAGUUCCAUGACUCGAUUGUACAUGCUAUGUGACCUUAAGACUGGAACAUUCUCCAUAUAAUUCCAUGGCUAUCAAGGUCCAACAAACAUGAAAACAUGGAAUUUCACAGCAUGAAAUUUUGUCUGCCAAAAAUGUUGCUAACUUUCAAAAUGAAUAUUCCACAACUCCACAAAUAAGUUACACUACUCAAAAGACGGACCCCCAAAUUCUAUCAAACUAUUGUAAUGUGUUGUGGGAUGACAAAUUAAUUGUAGACAAAGUAAUUAUAGUACGUUUGAGUAGUAUAUGUCAUUUACGCAACACUUUGGGAGAGAAAAUAGCCUGGUUUAACUGUUCGGAAAGUGCAUAUCAUCUGAUUGUACCAGUAUAUAUCGUAAUUUCCAUUGUGGUUGAUUAGCUGAAUGUUUCUUGACUCUUGGGACCAUAGCAAUAACGUGGUACAGACCAAUAUAUACUGGGAAAUAUAUAUGCCUAUUUUUGUUGCUGUCUAUUCUUUUGCCUGUUGAUGUUUUGUAUUGUUUGACAACGUUUAGUCUACUUUUGUCAUUACACUUUUUACCACUUUUGACAAUGUUUCUUCCAGACAAGGAGUAUCAUGUUAUUACUACUGCAUUUUCAAACUUCCAGAUUGUGUUUGCAAAUAUUGAUCUUCAUGAGUUGAGUAACAAAAUCAGCCACUGUCAAUUAUGAAUUUGGAAAAUAUUAUGCCAAAUUUUCUGUAUUUAGCUAUGUAUCUUGUUCAUUCAAUAAAGCUAUUUACUCCUUG